AGAGUAUGAAGUUGGAACCGUUACUGUCAAAUCCGUUUUGCUUUGCUAAGCAAAAUGUGUGAUAUUUGCAAAAAAAUAAAGAGCAAAAUAUGGCUCCCCGAUACUUAUGUGGAUUAUGUGGGGCAAGCUUAUGCUCGAUGGGUGCUACGCUUCAUAAUGAUUUUGUUCGCUUCGGUGGGUUUCGCUUGGGGUGCGAUAAUUGAGGAUUUUUCACAAACGCUAAUUAUACUCGCGGCUGCAUAUUUAUUUUCGGCAUUGAUUAUUAUACCGCCGUGGCCAAUGUAUCGUCGUAAUAGUUUGCAAUGGCGAAAGCUGCGUAGUAAAGAGAAAUCUGCUGUAGCGUCUUCUAAGAAACGUAAGAAAAAGAAACGUAGAAACAAUGAAUUGCACAAUAAAAACAAAAAAUUGUGAAAACAAACAUUUUCAACUUCUCUAAAUAAAUAAAUAAAU